AUGCGUUUGAUCUCAUCCGUUGUUGGGGCUGUCGUUCUUGCGGCCUAUCCUUUGGUUGCGGGUGCCCCUGCCGGGCGAGACAUGUACCUCGACACAGACUCGCACCCAGUCCAGAAGCGACAAAAUGGUCAGCGACAAUGGCCUACCAUCAACCAGACGCCACCUUCCUCGAUGACCCCGGCAUCGUGGACCGCAGCGUAUCAGCGCGCCAAAGAUGCCGGGAGAAUACCCAGCGUCCCUCCCAGCAGCAACGGCCAGUAUCCUCCAGGGACAGACCCAAAUUUCGCUCAGAGCUGGACCUGGACCAAAGCUUUUGGUCCAGAUGACAUCUACGAAGCCCCUGCGAAUGAGAUGGGCGUAUCGUUUGAUGAUGGUCCCACAGCAAACUCGCCUACCCUUUACAGCUUCCUCCAACAGCACAAUCAGACCAGCACGAGCUUCAUGAUUGGCUCUCAGAUUAUUGCCAAUCAAGAUGCGUUCCAUCAAGCAGCAUCCAAUCAUUUGGUGCAUCUAGCUCUCCAUACCUGGUCCCACCAUCUUCUCACCGAGAUGACCGACGAAAUGAUUGUGGCUGAAUUCGGAUGGAAUAUGCAGGCCGUGCUUGACCUCUCUGGCAGGCUUCCCGCAUUCUACCGUCCACCUCAAGGAGACGUCGACGCUAGAGGUGAGUAGGCUGCAGUGCGCCUGUAGAACGUCAAAAGGUCAUGACCCCACGUAUCUCGGCCGGCUAACAUCGAGUGGAUUGCUAUCAACAGUCCGAGCCAUCGCAAAGGAAGUCUUCGGCCUCACAUGCGUCCUUUGGGAUUACGACUCCGAUGACUGGUGCAUUCAAGCCGACGGCUCAAGUGCAUGCCCUGGAGAGAAUCCAGGCGGUUCAGCGGAUAGUGUCAAAGCCUACAUCCAGCAGACUCUGCACAAGUCCGAUCGCAGCAGCGGUAUCAUCAUGCUCGAGCAUGAAUUGACGCAGUUUUCUGUCGGAAACUUCAUUGAAUACUUCCCGCAGCUUGCCGGUCUUGGCUGGAGACCAAUGGCCAUUCCCGACCUGAGCAACGUUGACAAGGACUGGUAUGCCAAUGCUGCCGACGACGACGACACCCCUCGUAGCCAAACCGACGUACUCCCUAUUCCUCAGAGCACCACAACGCAGUCAUCAUCAACAAGCGCAUCCUCAAGUGCUCCAACGAGUGCCGCAACGGUGACUGCUUCUGGGUCCACUACCGCACGCUCAACAGCCACCGUAGUGACUACCACUUCCGUUCCUCGUGAAUCGAGCAGCAGUCCCAACGGCGCUUGGGGUGUGGCGCCUUCGUCGACCCUUCUGCUAUGUGCUCUCGUCAUCGUAUCUUUUUCGCUCUAG